ACCCCAAAGAAACAGAAAAGUGGGCCGAGCUCUUUUUCUGGUUUUAUGUUAGUGCCUGUGGCUGUGCUCAUAUUAUCCCCGUGUGAACAUUGGGGGUUUCAAUGAUAGACAGUGUUUUAUAUACCACAUUAAUAUCAGCUCACCCGCCUCCCAUCUUGCAUUCCUUCCAUCAUGUCCUCCAAGGCUAUUCGCGAAUUUGAUGCAAAACUUCUCCUCGCGUAUUGGCUUGAGCGCGCACCUGCCGCCCAUCCCAACUUCGCCCUCCCUGCCAAUUCGGUCCUCACCUAUCCAUCUCCAAAAGUAGCCCAGAUCUCUUGGGAUCCUGCUACCAACGCGAUCACCCCCGAUAAUUCCCUCCCAGGUUGGGUUCAUACGACACCCCUUGUCGCGAAGCCAGAUCAGCUUAUCAAGCGUCGCGGAAAGGCUGGGUUGCUUGCUCUCAAUAAACCUUACUCUGAAGCAAAGAAAUGGAUCCAAGAUCGCGCCGGAAAACCACAACGAGUCGAAGCAAUCGUUGGCACCCUCAAUAACUUCAUCGUAGAACCAUUCCUUCCGCACCCUCAACAUACGGAGGCUUACAUCUGCAUAACGUCUUCUCGACCAGGUGACACGAUCCUCUUCUCGUCCACCGGUGGUGUCGAUGUGGGUGACGUGGAUGCUCACGCGCUUCGGCUUAACAUCCCCGCCCUUCCUUCGGCGUCUAACCCAUUCCCUACGCGUGAAGAGGUGCAGAAGACCCUUCUCGCGUCGUAUGGGGCUGGAAAACGCAAGGAAGCACUCACGGACUUCAUUCUCCGUCUGUACUCCGUAUAUGUAGACCUCCACUUCGCUUACCUGGAAAUUAACCCUCUCGUCGUCCUCGACGAUGGAUCCAUCCAUUACCUUGACAUGGCUGCUAAACUCGAUCAGACGGCCGAAUUCAUUUGUGGUCCCAAGUGGUCCAUCGCCAGAGAUAUUAGCGUGUAUAACCCAUCUGCUGCCGUCGCUGCCGACAACAAGAUUGGCGCAGACCGCGGACCACCAAUGGUCUGGCCCGCUCCGUUCGGUCGUGACCUCACGAAGGAAGAGGCCUACAUCCAAAAACUUGACGCGUCCACGGGGGCUUCUCUCAAGCUCACUGUUCUCAACCCCAACGGCCGUGUCUGGACUAUGGUUGCUGGUGGUGGUGCGUCCGUCGUAUACGCAGACGCCAUCGCAGCUGCCGGUUUUGCACACGAACUCGCCAACUACGGCGAGUACAGUGGUGCACCUAGUGAGGGUCAGACGUACGAAUACGCCAAGACGAUCUUGGACUUGAUUACCCGCCCGGCCCCUCGCCCGGAUGGCAAGAUUCUGAUCAUCGGUGGCGGUAUUGCCAACUUCACGAACGUUGCUGCAACCUUCAAAGGUAUCAUUCGUGCGCUCGAGGGUGCCAAGGCUGGAUUGAUCGCCCACGGGGUUAAGAUCUACGUGCGCCGCGGUGGUCCCAACUACCAGGAAGGUUUGAAAGCAAUGCGUCUGCUUGGUGAAUCUCUCGGCGUUCCGAUCCAGGUUUUCGGUCCCGAGACCCAUGUUACUGCGAUAGUCCCUCUUGCGCUGGGUAUCAAAUCCAAUGACCUUGCACCCCAACCCAUUCCCCCCACACCUGUCACACCCGCCACCUUCCCUGCCACACCGUCUGUUCCUUCUUCGACCGCUGCGCCGACGCCUAGUCAAGUGGGCAUGAUCCACGAAGACGGAGAACGCACUCAACCAGACGAUGUUGUCAUUCGCUUCGAGAGUGCCGCGACCGAGAAUGGUCAUGCUGCUAGCCGGCCUUCAUAUCGCCCCUUCGACGCCGAAACUCGUGCAUUUGUUUAUGGUCUCCAACCCCGUGCUAUUCAGGGCAUGCUCGACUUUGACUACUCCUGCAAACGUUCCCGGCCCAGUGUGGCUGCUAUGAUCUACCCCUUCGGCGGCCAUCACAUCCAAAAGUUCUACUGGGGUACACGGGAAACGCUUUUGCCUGUCUACACGUCACUGGCUGAGGCUGUUGGCAAGCACCCUGAUGUGGAUGUCGUCGUCAACUUCGCCAGCAGCCGUAGUGUCUACUCCAGCACUCUUGAGUGCCUCGAGCACCCUGGAAUCCGCGCGAUUACUUUGAUCGCCGAAGGUGUACCAGAACGUCAGGCUCGUGAACUGUUGUGGCGUGCCAAGGAUAAGGGUGUUCUCAUCAUCGGCCCUGCUACUGUCGGUGGUAUCAAGCCUGGUUGCUUCAGGAUUGGAAACUCUGGAGGGAUGAUGGACAACAUUAUCUCAUCGAAGCUAUACCGCCCUGGUUCCGUCGGCUACGUCUCCAAAUCUGGAGGCAUGUCCAACGAGCUUAACAACAUUCUUUCGCUAUUCACAAAUGGAACGUACGAGGGUAUUGCUAUCGGUGGUGACCGUUACCCCGGAACCACCUUCAUCGACCACUUGCUCCGCUAUGAAGCCGACCCCGCUUGCAAGAUGCUUGUCCUCUUGGGUGAAGUUGGCGGUGUCGAGGAGUACGCUGUUAUCGACGCUGUCAAACGCGGCGAGAUCAAGAAACCUAUCGUUGCAUGGGCUAUUGGUACUUGUGCCAAGAUGUUCACCACCGAAGUCCAAUUCGGCCAUGCAGGCUCGAUGGCCAAUUCCGAUUCCGAAACUGCCGAUGCAAAGAACCGUGCGAUGCGUGCGGCCGGAUUCAUCGUUCCCGACACUUUCGAGCAGCUUCCUGAUGUCCUGCGUGCGACGUACGCCAAGCUUGCGCAGGAGGGCACGAUCGUCCCCGCCCGGGAGGUUGACCCCCCUGUUAUUCCGAUGGACUACAAGUGGGCACAGGAGCUCGGUCUAAUUCGCAAGCCGGCAGCAUUCAUUUCGACUAUCUCUGAUGAGCGUGGUCAGGAGCUCAUGUACGCUGGCAUGCGCAUUUCCGAUGUAUUCAAGGAAGAAAUUGGUGUCGGUGGUGUCGUCAGCUUGCUCUGGUUCAAACGCCGCCUCCCUCCCUAUGCGACCAAAUUUAUUGAGAUGGUUUUGAUGUUGACGGCUGACCACGGUCCUGCUGUCAGUGGUGCGAUGAACACGAUCGUCACGACUCGUGCAGGCAAGGACUUGAUUAGCAGUUUGACGAGUGGUCUCUUGACGAUCGGAAGUCGGUUCGGUGGUGCGUUGGAUGAGGCGGCUGCGAUGUUCAGUUCGGCCAAGGAUCGUGGUUUAACGCCCAGGGAGUUUGUCGAUGAGAGCCGCAAGGCCAACAGGCUGAUCUCCGGUAUCGGACACAAGAUCAAGUCUGUCAACAACCCGGACUUGCGUGUCGAACUCGUAAAAAGAUAUGUCAUGGAAAAUUUCCCCUCGCACUCCUUGUUGGACUACGCUCUUGCUGUUGAGAAGGUGACGACGGCCAAGAAGGAUACGCUGAUCCUGAAUGUUGAUGGGUGUAUUGCCGUCUGCUUCGUUGAUCUCUUGCGCGACUCCGGUGCGUUCACACCUGAGGAAGCCGACGAGUACAUCAAGAUCGGCACGCUUAAUGGUCUGUUCGUGCUCGGCCGCUCCAUCGGUUUCAUUGGCCACCACCUCGACCAGAAACGUCUCCGUGCACCUCUGUACCGUCACCCUGCAGACGAUAUCUUCAUCAACAUGGCCGACGUGCCACAGCCGAGGGUGUUGGGCAAGAUGCAGUAAGGAAAUUCCUGACUAUUAUUCGGAGUAGCCUACGCUCCAUUCGCCGAGGAAAGAAACAGAAGUACGAAUCUUGUUUGUUUGGACGUGGUACAUGUUAGAGCGACGACUCCGUCAUGAUUUUACAGUGUUUUAGAACAGACGUUUGAAAAUGGUAUACGUACAUCAUUGUGUUGACGAAUCCGUUUUUGUAAUACCUUGCAAGUAGUUUUCUGCGAUAGAUCACGGAUUUUUGUUCGCAUUGCGUGAUAAGAUUUGCUGUAAUACUUAGCGUGUCUACGUGGAACGUAGGG